GUUAAAAUUGCGUCCCUUGACAAGGUAAGAACAAUAUUUGUCAGUAGAAGUGCAAUAUUAUCAUAAGGAGAUGUAUACUUGGAAUACGGAGGAGGAAUGGAGGGGCAAAGGAGAGGCAGAGGAGGUCUGAGAGAGGAAGAUGGUGAGCUUGAGUUGGUUAAAAAUGGCGGGGGAAAAGGAGAUUUGUUAAAGAAGAAUGAUAGAAAGUGUAAACAGAGUGAGCUGAAAAUGGAAGUGAAUGAGGGCGAAGUAUUGGAGGUGGUCGGUGUGGGGAGGUUCUCGGAGCCCGAGGCUUGCACUGAGGGUCAGGAUAUUGAUGAACUGUGACCGUAGGAGUGAAGUUUUUGGAAAAAGUGGACCCUUUUGGCUGAUCCAUUUGUGGUUUCAGGUGAGUGAAAACAGAGUUGGGUGCUGUGGAAUCGGUGAAGGUAACAAGAAGUGGUCUUGUGAUAAUUGUUUGUGUUUCUGCUGGUCAGGAAAGUAGUGGUAUGUGUUACCUGUAGGGGUGCCCAUGGGGCUUGAGAUCUGAAAUGUUCUGUGCGAGAGGCAGGUUGAGGUUUCCAGGGUUAGAGUAGUGCAGAAGUUGUCAUAUGCUGAGGCAGUGAAGAAAGUAGAGGAACAUGGGUCAAGGAGGGAUCCUGAAAGGAGUGGUGUGAGUAGAAUAUCUGUACCAGUAGAUGGACAGGACAACAAGUGACAUAUUGUAAUGAAACAGCAGGGAGCAAGUCUCGAACCUUCGACCUUCUAGCCCGAGGUCCGGCGCGCUAUCGACUGUGCCGCAAAAGCAUGCUCGUGGGCAGAGUCGAUUUCCGCGCUUAUAAACCCAGUGUCAUUACAAUAUGUUUCAGUAAGACUGGAUUUAUAGCAAUGAUAAUCGAUUGUACUGCAGGGAUGGGACGUAAGUCGCAGAACAUUGAGGUUGUGUUGGCGGCUGCAGAGAAGUAGCUGACAUCAGAGUUAAUGGGUGUGUUAAGUGGUGGUGUCAGGUUGUUGGCCUGAUGUAGGACUACAAAGAUUUAAAUAGUGGUGGUGUUAUUUUUUUGUGAGUGUAGUGUUAGAUAGUAAGGUAUUUGUUUUGAUUUAUUCCAAGCAAAGUAAACGGGAGGUGUACUCCAGUCUAGUAGGUGGCGGUAAUGCAACAUGCCAACCCCCGUUAAACCUCAAAGAAGACCACAUAUAGGUUUCCGGUUCACGGAGGACAUACUUUUUUCUCAAAUGCGGAAAGGUCCAUGAAUGGGAGGUUUGAUGUGUAACGUAAUAAGCAAUACCGUAUUUCAAAGAACAGCGCGCAUAGACUUUUUACUUAGCCGCACCAUUUGAGCUGACUUCAACCAAUAACAUCUGUGCAAACGCAAGUAAACAAUGAUCAAGAACCAUUUCCACGUUAGCAUCUUUGUUGGAAUUUAGACUUUUAUUAACACCCUGGAACUCAAAACUGCACAACAUCACUCCAGGUAGAAUUUAAAUCGCGUUGGAGACAGGACUUACUUGAUAGAUGUUAUCUAGGUAACGCUAGCUAGCCGUUAACGUUAGCUAACAAUGGCUAAAUGUAUGGGUUUUCACACUCAAAUAGCCUCCAUCAUGGAGCUGCUAGCGAAUUCAGCCGUGACCGAGAUUUGUAAACUCGUAGACGACGACUAUGCAGUGUUUCGUUUGGAAAUAAAUCAAAGCCAGAAAGAAAACAGGGGAUUGCGGAGGAAACUACAGCUACUGGAACUGAAGGUGGCACGGGAGCGCGUCCUCGCCAGUCGUCCCAGUAGUGUCAAGAUCCUCGACCGAUACAGAGGAAUGGCAAGAGGUGAAAGACAUCCCACUGGAGGCCACAUGAGCUUUGUGAACCCAGCGGGACACAGCAAGUGGGGAGAUGAUCAACCCAUAGCUGUUGAGGAGAGUGAAACCUCAAGCAAGCAUGUUAUUGUGAUAGAGUCUGCAGAGGCUGCAGGUCCUGGGGUAAAGCAGGAGAGGACUGAAGGAGAGGACCCAAGACACAACAGAGACAUCCAGACUGGCGCAGAGGCUGGAGUGACGCCCUCUGUAGCCAUGGAGGACUUCCCCACCGUCACCAUGCCCCAGGCCAGGACCCGACGCAACAUCAGGGAGGAGGAGGAGGGUCCAGAGGUGCUGCUGGUGAAGGAGGAGGGGUGUGAGGAGGGUCUGGGGAACCCUGAGGGGAUCAUGGUCAUGGAGGACAACCAGACUACACCUCCUCCUGAACCCACAGAGGAACCAGCUGAGCAGCACAGGACCACACACAGUCUCACUGAGUCAGUAGACAUGGAGGAUGGGAAACCUGAUCUGCUGCUGGUCAAAGAGGAGACUAUAGAAGACGAACCAGAGAGCAUUGAUCUGCUGAGUGGACUAAAGAUGGGGGAGCAAGGUGAUUGGCUGGAGGCUAACAGAGGAGACUGGGUGGACAUCUUGGAUUCCCAGAUCCAGAUCGGUGCAGCCAAAGGCCCAGGGGACAACCUCACUGGGCAGGCCAGGACCAGCGGCGACAUAGCGGAGGUCAGUGGAUGGGACAUUGUCUUCAACUCUGGGCUGCGGAACAACACUGUCAACCAGGAACAGACAGUAGAACACAAAACAACAACCAAACUGGAACACAAAAUAACAUCCAGAUUUGGUCUCCAUGACAACAGAUUGGCUGCGACCAGGACGAAGCAUAGAUUUGGUCUGCGGGGACGAGGAGUUGUCCGUAUGCGGCAGGAGAGAACAGACACAGACUCAACUAGCGAUGCUCCGUCCUGCUCCUAUAGUUGUGAUUCAGAGAGACUGAUGGCGCCUCAGGUUAACCCCCUAACAGGUGCUGCCUUCAGCCUGCCUUCCCUAGGAUCUAUCAACUGGAACAUGGACCCUGCGACAACACAGACACUCCCUGGCCUUCAUCCUCCUCACACUCUCCAAAUGUUAAACCAGACCUCAGACAAUGCCAGUGCACUAAAUGGUGACACAAGCCCAUUGACAAAGGACAGUAGUUGUAACUAUAUCAGCAGAUCCGGUGAAAAAGAGAAGCACUUCCCAUGUUCUUUCUGUGGGAAAGCCUUCAGUUUCCCUAAACAGUUGGAGAUCCACCAGAGGAUGCACACGGGGGAGAAACCUUUCGGCUGCCAUCUUUGCCGGGUGAGUUUCUCUCAGUUGUCCAACCUGAAAAGGCACCAAAGGGUCCACACAGGGGAGAAACCCUACAGCUGCCCCCAGUGUCACAUGCGCUUCACCCAAGCUGGCAGCCUGAAGAGGCACCUGAAGGUCCACACGGGAGAACGGCUGUUCGCCUGUACGCACUGCGGGAAGAGGUUCUCAGAGAGGAGCUAUCUCAGGAUACACCAGCAGAAAAACCAUUCCACUCUAUAAAAUAGACACAAUUCCACUUAAUUUUUUAUUUUUUCCCACUUAAUUAAAAAAAAAAUACAUUUAGAUCAAACUCUACAUUUAAGACAAUUCAUUUUCAUUGUUGUCAGCAGAAAAGAUCCACAGAUGGAUUUGGAAUAAUGAAGUUAACAUAUUUCUGUGUUUAAUAUUCCUGGGUAGAAUAUAGCAUCCUGACAUUGUGUGAUAUAUAGGGCAUAUAUAAGCCCAAAGGUCUGUUACAUAUUGUGUUUUUACUGAGUACGCUAUAUGAGGUUCACAAAUUCCUAUUCGAUUACAUCCAUGGAACGACAAUUUUUUUUCACACAUUUUUAAUGAGAAACUGAGUGCAGUUGAUCAAGUUCAUGCCGAUUUUUUUGUUGACGUGUGUACAGUGGGGCAAAAAAGUAUUUAGUCAGCCACCAAUUGUGCAAGUUCUCCCACUUAAGAUGAGAGAGGCCUGUAAUUUUCAUCAUAGGUACACUUCAACUAUGACAGACAAAAUGAGGGGGUAAAAAAUCCAGAAAAUCACAUUGUAGGAUUUUUAAUGAAUUUAUUUGCAAAUUAUGGUGGAAAAUAAGUAUUUGGUCAAUAACAAAAGUUUCUCAAUACUUUGUUAUUUACCCUUUGUUGGCAAUGACAGAGGUCAAAUGUUUUCUGUAAGUCUUCACAAGGUUUUCACACACAGUUGCUGGUAUUUUGGCCCAUUCCUCCAUGCAGAUCUCCUCUAGAGCAGUGAUGGUUUGGGGCUGUUGCUGGGCAACACAGACUUUCUAUGGGGUUGAGAUCUGGAGACUGGCUAGGCCACUCCAGGACCUUGAAAUGCUUCUUACGAAGCCACUCCUUCGUUGCCCGGGCGGUGUGUUUGGGAUCAUUGUCAUGCUGAAAGACCCAGCCACGUUUCAUCUUCAAUGCCCUUGCUGAUGGUAGGCUUUGUUACUUUGGUCCCAGCUCUCUGCAGGUCAUUCACUAGGACCCCCCGUGUGGUUCUGGGAUUUUUGCUCACCGUUCUUGUGAUCAUUUUGACCCCACGGGGUGAGAUCUUGCGUGGAGCCACAGAUCGAGGGAGAUUAUAAGUGGUCUUGUAUCAAUCAAGUUUAUUUUAUAUAGCCCUUCGUACAUCAGCUAAUAUCUCAAAGUGCUGUACAGAAACCCAGCCUAAAACCCCAAACAGCAAGCAAUGCAGGUGUAGAAGCACGGUGGCUAGGAAAAACUCCCUAGAAAGGCCAAAACCUAGGAAGGAACUCGGCUAUGAGGGGUGGCCAGUCCUCUUCUGGCUGUGCCGGGUGGAGAUUAUAACAGAACAUGGCCAAGAUGUUCAAAAUGUUCAUAAAUGAUAAGCAUGGUCAAAUAAUAAUCAGGAAUAAAUGUCAGUUGGCUUUUCAUAGCCGAUAAUUAAGAGUUGAAAACAGCAGGUCUGGGACAGGUAGGAGUUCCAUAACCACAGGCAGAACAGUUGAAACUGGGACAGCAGCAAGGCCAGGUGGACUGGGGACAGCAAGGAGUCAUCAUGCCCGGUAGUCCUGACGUAUGGUCCUAGGGCUCAGGUCCUCCGAGAGAGAGAAAGAAAGAGAAGGAGAGAAUUAGAGAGCAUACUUAAAUUCACACAGGACACUGGAUAAGACAGGAGAAGUACUCCAGAUAUAACCAACUGGCCCUAGCCCCCCGACACAAACUACUGCAGCAUAAAUACUGGAGGCUGAGACAGGAGGCUGUCAGGAGACACUGGGGCCCCAUCCGAUGAUACCCCUGGACAGGGCCAAACAGGAAGGAUAUAACCCCACCCACUUUGACAAAGCACAGCCCCCGCACCACGAGGGAUAUCUUCAACCACCAACUUACAAUCCUGAGACAAGGCCGAGUAUAGCCCACAAAGAUCUCCACCACAGCACAAACCAAGGGGGGGCGCCAACCCAGACAGGAAGAUCACGUCAGUAACUCAACCCACUCAAGUGACGCACCCCUCCUAGGGACGGCAUGAAAGAGCACCAGUAAGCCAGUGACUCAGCCCCUGUAAUAGGGUUAGAGGUAGAGAAUCCCAGUGGAGGGGAACCGACCAGGCAGAGACAGCAAUGUCUCUGCCUUGUAUGUUUUCCAUUUCCUAAUAAUUGCUCCCACAGUUGAUUUCUUCAAACCAAGCUGCUUACCUAUUGCAGAUUCAGUCUUCCCAGCCUGGUGCAGGUCUACAAUUUUGUUUCUGGUGUCCUUUGACAGCUCUUUGGUCUUGGCCAUAGUGGAGUUUGGAGUGUGACUGUUUGAGGUUGUGGACAGGUGUCUUUUAUACUGAUAACAAGUUCAAACAGGUGCCAUUAAUACAGGUAACGAGUGGAGGACAGAGGAGCCUCUUAAAGAAGAAGUUACAGGUCUGUGAGAGCCAGAAAUCUUGCUUGUUUGUAGGUGACCAAAUACUUAUUUUCCACCAUAAUUUGCAAAUAAAUUCAUUGAAAAUCCUACAAUGUGAUUUUCUGGAUUUUUUUUUUUCUCAUUUUGUCUGUCAUAGUUGAAGUGUAACUUUGAUGAAAAUUACAGGCCUCUCUCAUCUUUUUAAGUGGGAGAACUUGCACAAUUGGUGGCUGACUAAAUACUUUUUUUGCCCCACUGUAUGUGUGGUUUUCAAAUGGUGUAUUUGACACUUUGUUUAAUAAACCCAAAAUGAAACAUUUCA